AUGCACUUUAUCGUUCAAGAAGUCAGCAAUAUGAUCGAACACGAGUUCAGAUACUUUGCUUUAAGCGGUGAUAUCCCGGUUGGUGGACCAACCACUUGGCACAUUGUCGAUUGGGAUCAGAGACGGGUCGUUUCAGUAGCUAUGGAUGGGGAGCAAGACGACGAGAGUCUGGCAAUAGAACAUUUCAGCCGCCAUAGCGACCAGCUGUCUCCCGCCAUUUACAGAAUACAUUUAUCUCAUAACGGUGAGGUUAUCUCGACAUCUACCGACCCCAAAAACGACACGGCCUGCUGUGUACAUUACCCGUCUCUUCACGAUGCCUGUCUCCCAGAAGGAAUCCGGACUAUUCGGCGGGACAAGUUUGAGGAACUAGAGAGGCUUGGUCCUGACGCGGACCUUGUUGCGUACUCGUCAUGCAUAGAAGGACCUGCUAAAAAGGUCGUCUUUAAGUACUACUUCUUGUGGCAGUAUGCGCAAAUAUCCUGGAAGGAGAUGAAUCUAUGGCUGCGUCUCCCACGCCACCCAAAUAUUGUCCCCUUUGACCGAGUGGUCGUCGACGAGCUUGAGGGUCGCGUGGUCGGGUUCACUAGCAACUACGUCCCUGGCCGCAAUCUAGAGCAGAACAAAUCACGCGUUUUUAAACUCAAGUGGCUACAACAACUCAUUAAGGUCGUAGAUGACUUGAACCUUGACCGAAAGACUCUCAUGCUCUUUGAUUUCAACUUCGCAGCGCGCAUCAACUGCCCCUUACCUGGCGAGGGUGAGAGCUACGUCAAGGACCGAAACGAUGUCAAAGGUGUUAUAUUCACCACCUAUGAGAUUAUUACUCAGGAUGAUAGUCUCAGGAGUAUACCUCACGAAGAUCAGAAGCUCGAAAACCUUAGUUCAGAGUGGAAGAAGCAUCCGGAGGUAAAGCUAGACCAUCCAGUCGAAUCAUAUCAACUCAUUUUGAAGGAAUGGCGGGAACGACGGGAAGCAGGCUCUCAUUCAGGCAACGUUCCAAGGCCUAUUGAGUGGCCGGCAAUGCCCAAGCCACCGCAGAAGACCAUUUUCUUAAAAACUGUGCAAGGGCAGACAACCUCCGUCACAGCGGACAGUUGGUAUGAGAAGCGGCAGGAUAUCCGGGAUAGAGGCGGUAAGGUCCUUAACUGGGAACGACCACCGCAGCGGCUGAUGGACAACGGCAUCCGGGUGCUCUCUACCGGCGAGAUAAUCAGCUGCUAA